AUGCAACGCAGCUGUCACCCCGGGCGCCUUUAUCGCCCGUUUAUGCGGGGCAUGGCCAUUUACAAAAACCCCAGCCUUCCGCGCGUUCCAAAUGACGAGGACCUGUACGACGGAACCGUUCGUUUUCAGCACAAACAACAGGAAUUUGAGCUGAACACGAAGUGGCAGGACACGAUGCCGAGCGGCUCGGCGUCGGGUACGGUAGUGACCCUGCACGGCUCUCCCGGGUCCCACAACGACUUCAAGUACAUCACCCACUACUUACGGCCGAUGGGGAUCCGGUCGAUCGGGCUGAACUUUCCGGGCAAGGGCUUCACGGAUGCACACCCCGACUUCCGCUACGACAACGACGAGCGCGACGCGUACAUCUACGCGAUGCUCGACAAGAUUGGUGUCGGCGAGCGUAUCAUUUGGUUGGCGCACAGCCGAGGCAAUGAGAAUGCACUGCGAUGCGCCGUUCGGACGGCCGACAAAACAAAAGGGCUCGUCUUGGUCAACGCCACUGGGCUGCAGAUGCACAAGGGGAUCCGGCCUCAUUGGGUCAUACAGCUAGCCGCCUGGGCCGACCGCACUAACGCCGUCACGCGCGCCGUCAUGAACCCGAUCACGUAUUUUAUCUAUCAACGAAUGGGACUCCUGGCGCCGAACCAGGACGUCACGGCCAAGUGCGUCCAGACGAUGACCACCUUCGAGUUCUCGGGGCUGCAGAAGCAGAUCGAUCAGUUUAACAAGGAACUAACCUUUCCGAUGGUUCAACUCAUGGCCGGACGCGAUUUCCUGAUCGAGGACCACAUCGUCAAGGAGUUCUUCAGCAAGUUUGCAAAUGGGGAGGAGAAGACCCUUCAUCCGAGUUCCGACGACGAAGAGCAGGCCAUCGAGUUCGUCAGGGAGCGGCUGAAUGGAGGCCACCGUGCGACCCUGUUGAACUUCCCGGAAGACGGCCAUUUCCUCCAGAAACACCGCGCUCGACUCAUCGCUGAAACCUGCCAAAUGAUGCUGAAGAAU